AUGUUAGUCCCGCCAGUGUUCAUCACUGUAGACUUGGCUUGUGUCAUGUUAGUCUCGCCAGUGUUCAUCAGACAUCACCUGGCUUGUGUCAUGUUAGUCCCGCCAGUGUUCAUCACAGAUCACUUGGCUUGUGUCAUGUUAGUCCCGCCAGUGUUCAUCACAGAUCACUUGGCUUGUGUCAUGUUAGUCCCGCCAGUGUUCAUCACAGAUCACUUGGCUUGUGUCAUGUUAGUCCCGCCAGUGUUCACCACAGAUCACUUGGCUUGUGUCAUGUUAGUCCCGCCAGUGUUCACCACAGAUCACUUGGCUUGUGUCAUGUUAGUCCCGCCAGUGUUCAUCACAGAUCACUUGGCCUGUGUCAUGUUAGUCUCGCCAGUGUUCAUCAGAGAUCACUUGGCUUGUGUCAUGUUAGUCCCGCCAGUGUUCAUCACAGAUCACUUGGCUUGUGUCAUGUUAGUCUCGCCGGUGUUCAUCACAGAUCACUUGGCUUUUGUCAUGUUAGUCCCGCCAGUGUUCAUCACAGAUCACUUGGCUUGUGUCAUGUUAGUCUCGCCGGUGUUCAUCACAGUAGACUUGGCUUGUGUCAUGUUAGUCCCGCCAGUGGUCAUCACAGAUCACUUGGCCUGUGUCAUGUUAGUCCCGCCGGUGUUCAUCACAGAUCACUUGGCUUGUGUCAUGUUAGUCCCGCCGGUGUUCAUCACAGAUCACUUGGCUUGUGUCAUGUUAGUCUCGCCAGUGUUCAUCAGAGAUUACUUGGCUUGUGUCAUGUUAGUCCCGCCGGUGUUCAUCACAGUAGACUUGGCUUGUGUCAUGUUAGUCCCGCCGGUGUUCAUCACAGAUCACUUGGCUUGUGUCAUGUUAGUCCCGCCGGUGUUCAUCACAGAUCACUUGGCUUGUGUCAUGUUAGUCCCGCCGGUGUUCAUCACAGAUCACUUGGCUUGUGUCAUGUUAGUCUCGCCAGUGUUCAUCGGAGAUUACUUGGCUUGUGUCAUGUUAGUCCCGCCGGUGUUCAUCACAGUAGACUUGGCUUGUGUCAUGUUAGUCCCGCCAGUGUUCAUCACAGAUCACUUGGCUUGUGUCAUGUUAGUCCCGCCGGUGUUCAUCAGAGAUCACUUGGCUUGUGUCAUGUUAGUCCCGCCGGUGUUCAUCACAGAUCACUUGGCUUGUGUCAUGUUAGUCCCGCCAGUGUUCAUCACAGAUCACUUGGCUUGUGUCAUGUUAGUCCCGCCGGUGUUCAUCACAGUAGACUUGGCUUGUGUCAUGUUAGUCCCGCCAGUGUUCAUCACAGAUCACUUGGCCUGUGUCAUGUUAGUCUCGCCAGUGUUCAUCAGAGAUCACUUGGCUUGUGUCAUGUUAGUCCCGCCAGUGUUCAUCACAGAUCACUUGGCUUGUGUCAUGUUAGUCUCGCCGGUGUUCAUCACAGAUCACUUGGCUUUUGUCAUGUUAGUCCCGCCAGUGUUCAUCACAGAUCACUUGGCUUGUGUCAUGUUAGUCUCGCCGGUGUUCAUCACAGUAGACUUGGCUUGUGUCAUGUUAGUCCCGCCAGUGGUCAUCACAGAUCACUUGGCCUGUGUCAUGUUAGUCCCGCCGGUGUUCAUCACAGAUCACUUGGCUUGUGUCAUGUUAGUCCCGCCGGUGUUCAUCACAGAUCACUUGGCUUGUGUCAUGUUAGUCUCGCCAGUGUUCAUCAGAGAUUACUUGGCUUGUGUCAUGUUAGUCCCGCCGGUGUUCAUCACAGUAGACUUGGCUUGUGUCAUGUUAGUCCCGCCGGUGUUCAUCACAGAUCACUUGGCUUGUGUCAUGUUAGUCCCGCCGGUGUUCAUCACAGAUCACUUGGCUUGUGUCAUGUUAGUCCCGCCGGUGUUCAUCACAGAUCACUUGGCUUGUGUCAUGUUAGUCUCGCCAGUGUUCAUCGGAGAUUACUUGGCUUGUGUCAUGUUAGUCCCGCCGGUGUUCAUCACAGUAGACUUGGCUUGUGUCAUGUUAGUCCCGCCAGUGUUCAUCACAGAUCACUUGGCUUGUGUCAUGUUAGUCCCGCCGGUGUUCAUCAGAGAUCACUUGGCUUGUGUCAUGUUAGUCCCGCCGGUGUUCAUCACAGAUCACUUGGCUUGUGUCAUGUUAGUCCCGCCAGUGUUCAUCACAGAUCACUUGGCUUGUGUCAUGUUAGUCCCGCCGGUGUUCAUCACAGUAGACUUGGCUUGUGUCAUGUUAGUCCCGCCAGUGUUCAUCACAGAUCACUUGGCUUGUGUCAUGUUAGUCCCGCCGGUGUUCAUCAGAGAUCACUUGGCUUGUGUCAUGUUAGUCCCGCCAGUGUUCAUCACAGAUCACUUGGCUUGUGUCAUGUUAGUCCCGCCAGUGUUCAUCACAGAUCACUUGGCUUGUGUCAUGUUAGUCCCGCCAGUGUUCACCACAGAUCACUUGGCUUGUGUCAUGUUAGUCCCGCCAGUGUUCACCACAGAUCACUUGGCUUGUGUCAUGUUAGUCCCGCCAGUGUUCACCACAGAUCACUUGGCUUGUGUCAUGUUAGUCCCGCCAGUGUUCAUCACAGAUCACUUGGCCUGUGUCAUGUUAGUCCCGUCAGUGUUCAUCACAGAUCACUUGGCCUGUGUCAUGUUAGUCUCGCCAGUGUUCAUCACAGAUCACUUGGCUUGUGUCAUGUUAGUCCCGCCAGUGUUCAUCAGAGAUCACUUGGCUUGUGUCAUGUUAGUCCCGCCGGUGUUCAUCACAGAUCACUUGGCUUGUGUCAUGUUAGUCUCGCCGGUGUUCAUCACAGAUCACUUGGCUUUUGUCAUGUUAGUCCCGCCAGUGUUCAUCACAGAUCACUUGGCUUGUGUCAUGUUAGUCUCGCCGGUGUUCAUCACAGUAGACUUGGCUUGUGUCAUGUUAGUCCCGCCAGUGGUCAUCACAGAUCACUUGGCUUGUGUCAUGUUAGUCCCGCCAGUGGUCAUCACAGAUCACUUGGCCUGUGUCAUGUUAGUCCCGCCGGUGUUCAUCACAGAUCACUUGGCUUGUGUCAUGUUAGUCUCGCCAGUGUUCAUCAGAGAUUACUUGGCUUGUGUCAUGUUAGUCCCGCCGGUGUUCAUCACAGUAGACUUGGCCUGUGUCAUGUUAGUCCCGCCAGUGUUCAUCACAGAUCACUUGGCCUGUGUCAUAAUAGGCCACAACGUCGACCCUUUGCAACGGAAGAUGUUGGAUUUUUGUGAACUAUACUUGUCAGUUCGUAACGAUUCUUCUCAGUUUGUAGCGAUACUUGUCACGUCGACGGUCGUCCAACGACCAUCACGCCGGUGGCAACACGGCAGCUACACGGAAGAACCCGUACAAACACGGACAAACACGGCAGCAACACGGACGAACCCGUACAAACACGGACAAACACGGCAGCAACACGCAAUCAACACGGCGCCCACACGGAUGACCAAGGACCGUCCCGGACAGUCACGGCAGAGCGACGGACUAACACGGACCAACACGGCAGAGACACGGACAGCCCCGAAUAAACACGGACCAACACGGCGUCUACACAGACCAUCCCGAACCUACACGGCAGCGACACGGACCAACACGGCAGCGACACGGACCAACACGGUCCACCCCGGACCGUUAAUAACUUGUAUGAAAGCAGGCUGA